UCUGCUCUCACGUCUUACUCACAAGUCCUGACUUGGAUUUGAAGGUGUGAGGACGCGAUGGCUGCGUCUGUCGGUGUCUGCAGACGAAGGUAGAAAGUCUCUUUGACCUCAUCUGGAUGAGACUUUAACAGACCUGGGAUCAGACAGGGAACAGGACUCGGACUCUCGGAGGCGGCAGGAACUGAAGGUCGCUGCGGCUUGGCGGAGACGGGAACGGGGGAAAGCUGCGGCCCAGCGGGAGUGGGUAACUGACCUCUCUUCUUCCUCUGUCUCCUAGGUUGAAAAGGCGGUCCAUCAACUCAAGGUUGGCCUUCUGGACACUCCGAAGCCCUCCCAAGGCCUGGCGGGUUCCCACAAACUGGUCAUAAAGUUGUGGGGCAAUGCGCACCAAACGGUGGUCUGCUGAGUCCAUUUUUGGCCAGAUCAUUCUGUCGCGGGGUGGUAUGGUGGACCCAAAUGCAGACAUGACCAGAUUGCAGAGUGAAAACAUGUUUUAAUAAACGUCAACACAAAGGGAAACUUAACAGGGAAUCCAAGAAUGUGAGGGUGAGAACCGGGCAGGACGAGGCAGGGCAGGCAGACUGGGGAACCGGGAGGAUGGACCAAACUGCAGGCAGAGGGGAAACAAGGUGAGAAUCACGGUAACAGAACUCAGCAUGCAAAAACACUGCGCGGCCAAGAACGAACUGGAUCCCGAGUAGGUUGAAACAACAAUGAUCUGGCAGCGAGUGGAUGAGGAACUGGGCUAGAUAUACUGCUGGGUGAGGAGUAGAUUGAAGGCAGCUGGGUGGACUGGGCAGGUGAGUUGAAUGAGUGCAAUCAGGAGGAAGCCGGGAGGAGACCAGGGCGGAGCCACACACAGACACAGAAACAACACAAAGCCUUAUCGUGACAAUGUGCACAUGUCAGUCUGCUGUUUAUUCUCUGACUGAUCAAAACGACACACUCCACAGUGAAUCGAAGAACAGCUGUUUGUUGUCUUUACCUGGACACAAAUUUAGAAAAAUUCAUGUUUUGAUGGCAGAGAUUUUAGGAGGCGGGGCUUAUGUUGUAUUCACUGUGUUCUAUUUGUCAGGUUGGUGCGAAGACAAAAAGCUGUUUUUUAUUUGCAGGUGUGUGUAACAAACUUCAUCUCCUCAAAAAUGGACACACUUCCUCAACAACUACAGACAAAUAUGAUGAUAAAUAUGAUCUAAUAGUUUUUCCUUCAGGUGACGAGACAGACAGAUUCUAGCAGGGAGCCACGAUGACGGCAGUGGACAUUUGUGACAUUCUGAAGGAUUUAAAAGAAGAGGAAUUUGAGGAAUUCACCUGGCUUCUGCAGCAGCAUGACUUCAUGAAACCUUACCAAGCUAUCAAAGAGUCAAAGCUGGAGAAGGCAAAUAGGCUGAAAACUGUGGAUCUGAUGGUGAAGACCUUUGAACUUCAUGGAGCUCUAGAGGUCACCAGGAAGGUUUUACGGAAGAUACCCAGAAAUGAUCUGCUGCAGAGUCUGACAAACACCAGCUCAGGACCAGAAGAGGAUGCUGAUGCUGGAGAGACUUUAGAGAACAGAGGAACAUCCGCCUGUCAGAGCAAAGAUAAUGCUGCUGUAUUCUCUGGAAAACAUCUGGACAUGUUGGCCCUGAAGAACCUGAGGCUGGUGCCAGCGGUCAAAGCCUCCAACAAAGCUCUGGUUGAACCUGCUGGAGAUCAGAGGCUGAAACCUGAUCUGAGGAAGUAUUCCUGUGCACUCACAAUCGACACAAACACAGUGAACAGAAACCUCAAACUGUCUCGCAACAACAGGAAGGUGACACGUGUGUUAAAUAAGAUUCAGUCAUAUCCUGAUCAUCCAGACAGGUUUGACUCCUGUCCUCAGCUGCUGUGUGAAACUGGUCUGACUGGUCACUGUUACUGGGAGGUCGAGUGGAGAGGAAGAGUUGAAAUAUCAGUGAGUUACAGAGGAAUCAGAAGGAAAGGAGAAGGUGAAGACUGUAGGUUUGGAGAGAACGAUCAGUCCUGGAGUCUGGAGUGCUCUGAUGAUGAUGGUUACUCUGUCCUUCACAAUAAGACGAGAACACCCAUCUCCUCCUCCUCCUCCUCCUCCUCCUCCUCCUCCUCCUCCUCCUCCCCCUCCUCCUCAUCCCCCCGCCCCUCUGGUAGAGUAGCAGUGUAUGUGGACUAUCCUGCUGGCUCUCUGUCCUUCUACAGAGUCUCCUCUGACGCACUGAUCCACCUCCACACCUUCAAAACCACAUUCACUGAACCUCUUUAUCCUGGGUUUGGGUCCAGGUCCUGGUUCAAGUUUGUUUCCUCAGUGUCUCUGUGUUCUGUGUAGGAGGGAGAGUCUCCUCCUCUGUAAAAACUCACACUGCUGACGAUCAGAUUCAGAUCAAUAGAACAAAAUAUAAUCAACAAAUAAAUCACUUUUAUAUAUUAUUAUGGAGAAAACAAUCAACCUUUAUUGAUCCCUCGGUGAAAUUCAUAAAUGAAUGCAUAAAAAAUCACCUUCAAAAUAAAAGCACAGGAUUUAUUUUAAUUUUUUUAUAGGCAAAGGCCUGCAACCCACUGAAAACGAGUCCACGGCCCACUUUUGGGUCGCGACCCACCAGUUGAGAAUCACUGCCUUAGAAUGAGCAAAAGUGAUGAUUGUGUAAUUGAUGAAAAUACUAGAAAUCUUUGUGUUUCAUGAACUUCAGGUUGGGCUCUGAUGUUUCCGUUUUCAUCACUUUGUUCACUCGAGAGGACAAAAUCAUUCCAAAGACAUCCUCAUGAAGCUGAAUUCAGCCUUUGUAGAAUCAAGAGUGCGUUCCCCUCCACUGGGACAAGAGUAGGAAUAUGUCUUCAGUCAGCUUUAAAGCUCAGUUAUGGAGUUGAGCUUUACUUUACUGUCACAUUUUAUUUUCUCAGUAAAAACAAGUAGAUUCUAUUGUUUCAGAUAAAAUCAGUUUCCACACAUUUAUGCAAAUAGAUCAUCACAAACAUGUAACUUUAGACAAAUGUACAAAUCAUUUGACUUUGUAGAAAUGUGAUUCCAGUUCAUCUGAAUGUGAUGUGAAAUAUAAAGCAGUGACAUAUUUAACCAGAA